GGGGAAGCCAGGACUUCCCGUGAGGGGCUAGCACUUGUCCUCCACUCGGCCCCGGCCAGGCCCUCCGGGUCCCGGCUUUGCGGACCAGGUGUGGGCUUGGGGCGGCGCGGCCGGGUCGGCGUCCUUCUCAGGUGACCUGCCCUGCCUGAGGCUCCGCCAUGGCCCAGCAGAGAGCCCUGCCCCAGAGCAAGGAGACGCUAUUGCAGUCUUACAACAAGCGGCUCAAGGACGACGUCAAGUCCAUCAUGGACAACUUCACCGAGAUCAUCAAGACCGCCAAGAUUGAGGACGAGACCCAGGUGUCGAGGGCCACUCAAGGCGAACAGGACAAUUACGAGAUGCACGUGCGAGCCGCCAACAUCGUCCGAGCUGGCGAGUCUCUGAUGAAGCUGGUGUCCGACCUCAAGCAGUUCCUCAUCCUCAACGACUUCCCGUCGGUGAACGAGGCCGUCGACCAGCGCAACCAGCAGCUGCGGGCUCUGCAGGAGGAGUGUGACCGGAAGCUCAUCGCCCUGCGGGAUGAGGUGUCCAUCGACCUCUACGAGCUGGAGGAGGAGUACUACUCGUCCAGAGCCCUCGCCCAGGUGUCAGAGCAGGCCUCUCGGGCAGAGCUUUUGAUCAACAGACAGUGUGCACCGUCACCGGGCCGGGGCAUCGCGGGCAUCGAGAUGAAAGUCACAGAACCGCAAGGUUGGGGGCGCCACACCAGCAUUUCCGCCUGGGGGCCUGUCUGUUCCUCUUAGCUGUCUGAUCGGCAUCGAAGCUUUCCAGCCCAGGUCGGCCUAGCUCUCUUGGCCGCCCAGGCCCGUGUCCAGGACACCAGUGCCUGCCCAGGGGUGCAGUUCCACGUGGGCACAACCGAAACCCUCUGCGUGUGUGUGUGUGUGUGUGUGUGUGUGUGUGUGUAAGAGAGGGUGAGGGGCGGGUCCCAGGGAGGAGGGUGGCCUGGAGAGCCAGGCCUGGGAUCCCUGGACCCCCGAGUUCCCAUUCAGCUCAGCCUCAUUCACAGUCGGGAGCCCUCCUAUGUGCCAGGCCCAGGCCGGGCCCCAGGGGUACAGCAGCUGGCAAGGCCUGUCGCCCCAGCCCUCAUGUGGCCACGUGGAAUCCUAAAACCAGAGGCGGCCUGAGCUGGAGGAGUCAGCCCAAACCCCCAGGAGCCCGAGUCCACGUGUGAUUCUCGCACCGGGAAACAGGCUGCAGAGGCCCCGCCCCUCCGUCCCCUUAGCUGGGAAAACCAGGUCACACCUGCCUCACCCUCCCUGGACGAAUGUGUUGUUCCUGUCAUGGAUUUUCAACACUCCUUUCUGUCCUGCGGUGGCCGUGCUGGCCAGCAAGUCUGUGGUCUGGGGCUUGGUUUCCCUGCUCUGGACUCAGUGCCACUCCUUGUGGUCUCUGUCCAUCUGGGGCCUUUGUGGGAAGGGACAGAGGGUCACUGCCCAGCUGGAGUGGUUUAGACUCUUCCAGAAGAUUCCUGACACCCACGGGCUCAGCAGAGAUGAGGCGAGUGCCUCUACCCUCGGCCUUCAGAGAGGGUCCUGAGUGGGUCCCUGGGGGGUUUGAGACCCUGCUGGGGACGCUGCUCCCGGCCCUCCUUGGUUUUGUAGAGUGCCUUAUGUCUCUGUGUUUGUCCUGCCUGCUGCCCCCAGGGCCAGGCGCCUGGGCUGAGCAGUUGCAGGAUAGUUCAGCCCUGCCUCUUAAGGUUGAGGGCCCGGGGGCACCAGGGGUCUGAGUGGGAAGCCUGGCUCCUGGCCUGUCAGCCUCUGGUUCACCCAGUGGGGUUUCUGGUGGCUC